AUGGCCGACGUGCAGAAAGCUUUGCCUAAUAGUAGCGGAAACGGCUCCGAUCCCACAGAAAAUAAAACCGUAGAUGACGACGAGGUCGUGGUAGAUCUUGGCUCCAACUACGACGACGCCGGUAAAACGGUUGAGCAUCCAAUUGAAACGCAUGUCGGAGAGGAAGACACACAAGAAGAAGGCGAAGAACAAACGCCUGAAGUGAAUGGUGGUAAUCACUCGAAUGAUCGAAGUGCGAACGAGGGAGGAGAAGCACUCGAGUCACCUGCUUCGCUCGACCAAAUUGGCGAAGUGAGUUAUGGAAACUAA